AUGGGCAGUGUUGGCAGCGGGGUGGCAGGAGAGCAGGAGUUUGCCAUGAAGUCAGUGGGCACGAGGACCACCCUUCCCCGGGCCCCUCCGCUCUCUCGCCGUUGCCCUGCUGACCGCAGCUGCAGUGCCGAGCGCCUGCCCCGCCCCCCGGCCACCAUAUCGGACGGAACGGCCUCCAGUGACGAGCGAGGAAGCGUCAGUAUUGGGACGGGGACUUGUACCGGGACAGACCGGCCCACCGAGACAGCCUCCUCCACCAACACGGAAUGUACCGUGGCAGCCCCAUCCAACAACAACCAACUGGAGAGCAGGAGGGAGAGGGAAUGGGAGAGGGAAAGGCUGCGAAGUGAGAAGAACAGCGGUGCCAUGAAUCAGCACCAGCACAGAGAGAUGGCAAUGGCCCGGACAGACAGCGAGAACAAUCCCGCCAACCACAACCCUCCCAACCACAACCCUCCCAAGAUCCUGCCUGUUUCAGGAAAACUGGAGCAGAACAACUCGGGGCUGGUUCGUCCCUCCGCAUUCAAACCGGUGGUGCCCAAAAGCUUCCACUCCAUGCAGAACCUGGUGGGCCAGGCAGGGGGCGCUGGGAGCGAGGGGAAGACUGAGGGAAGGAAUGACGGAAUUGGAGGAGGAGAAACAGGGGAGGUCCCAGAGGCCCUUCUCCUUGACCAGGACAGCCCAGUGAGGGUCAGCAGAAUUGAGGGAGGUGCAAGUGGCAAUGAAGGAGUCCAGGGAGGGAUGUCUGACUCGGGGAGAAACUCUCUGACUAGCCUCCCCACCUACACAGGCUCCGGGUCAGGUUAUGGACCCCCAGCGGCCCUGGGGCCUCUCAGUGCUUCCACAAGCCACAUCAACAGACUAGGCACGGCUGGAGUAGCUGCAGGCCUGGAGAAACUGGAGAAACCUGGCUACCAGAAUGGGCUUAGUGCCUCAGACAGUGGGCGCUCCUCCUCGGGAAAGAGCUCCUCCUCCUAUCAGAGGCUGAGCCAUCUGAGCGAUGCCCCGGCACCCCUACGCCCAUCCCCAUCAUCCGAUGACAUCAUCCAGGACCUGGAGGACCGGCUGUGGGAGAAAGAGCAAGAGGUGCAGCACAUGCGCCGUAACCUGGACCAAAGUGAGGCGGCCAUCAUUCAAGUGUUUGAGGAGAAGCAACGCGUCUGGGAGCGUCAGAUGGACGAGCUGAGACAAAACUAUGCCUCACGUCUGCAGCAGGUCACACGUCGUGCCCAGCGCUCCCAGACUGCUCUGCAGGCUCAGAUAAGUCGUUUGUCCCAAGACAAGAGGAGGCUCCAGGAGGAGAUGGCGGCUCUGUUGGCCCAGAGAGAGGAGCUGGAGAGGAAGUGUCUGGAUUACAGGAAGGAGCAGGCUGACAUAUUGCCUCGCCUGGAGGAGACCAAGUGGGAGGUGUGUCAGAAGGCGGGUGAGAUCUCUCUGCUGAAGCAGCAGCUGAGGGAGAGCCAGGCUGAAGUGACCCAGCGAGCUGGAGAGAUGGUUGCCCUGAGGGGCCAGCUGAAGGAGCUCAAUGCCCAGCUGAGGGAGAGGGAGGAGGCCAUGCUGGGCCUGAAGGACUCUUACAGUGCCAAGAGUUUGGAACUGGAGAAAUGUGAAGGAGAACUGAGGAGGACUCUGUCAGAGGUGUCGAUCCUUAGAGAAAAGCUAGGUGUGUUUGAGGCGGAGGUGCUAAGCUUGAAACGGGCUCUGAGUGAGGCAAGCAGAGGGGCAGAAGUUGUCAUGGGUCCUAACUUGGCAGCAGCAGGGCUGUUGCCCCCUUGGGGAGUACUCCACUGCCCACGCAACCCCUCUGAACCCCCUUCUACCUCCCUCACCCCAACCUCUGACACCUUGCUCAGUCUUCAGAGUGAUGAGGCCAAAGCCCAGAGACAGGAGGCAGAGGACCUGCGCAGGCAACUGGAGCAGCUGCAGGCAGCUUUGCGGCUUGAGCGGCAGCAGAGGGAACGGCAGGCUCUCAACUUUGACCAGGAGCGACACACCUGGCAGGAUGAGAAGGAGCGGGUUUUGAAAUACCAGGCCCAGUUACAGCUCAGUUAUGUGGAGACCUUGCAGAAGAACCAGGCUUUGGAGAAGCGCAUGGGACAGUUGGGGGCCAAAUUGGGCACAAUCUCUGCCACCACUCCCUCUGCUUCUUCCUCUGGCUCUCCCCCUCCGCCGCCUGCCCUGUCACCUCUGUCUUCCCAACCCCCUACCUCUCUCCCUGCCCCAAUUGCCCUCACCCUCUCCCCACCUUGUGAGGACCAGAAAGGCCCCCCAUCUCUCCACCAGCUUGCCCCGCCCUGGGCGGGACCCACCCGUUUGGAGAGGAUCGAAUCCACUGAGAUAUAA